GCCCACGACAGCAUCGCGCAUUCACUCCCGCCUCGGUCCGGCGUCUGCAAUGGCAACGGCAGCGGCGGCGGAGGCCUUCUCGCGCCGCCUGAGCGCGGCCGUGCGCGGCCUCUCCGGCGCCUGGUACGGCAGACACAUGGCUGCUGCCGACCGCGCCAUCCGCGCCCGCAUCCCCCUCGUCGACCUCGUCCUCGAGGUCCGCGACGCCCGUGUACCCGCCACCUCGGCAUUCGAGCCUCUCCGCCGCCGCUCCCCGGAGGAGCCUGACGUGCGCAGGCUCGUCGCGCUCAACAAAGCCGACCUCGCUGAUCCCUCCGAAACCGAGAAGUGGGUGACGUUCAUGAAGCAAAGGGGCUGUUCGUGCGUCGCCGUCAAUUCACACAGCAGGGAAAGCAUCAAGGAGCUGUUGAAUGUUGUGCUGGGGAGGAUCAGGGAGAUCAAGGUCGGGGUAAGCGACUGCACAGGAACUGUUCUCUUGGUCGGUAUUCCUAAUGUUGGCAAGUCGGCCAUUGUCAAUGCGAUGCAUCAAAUUGGGAGGAUUGGGGCAGCAGAGAAGGGAAAGCUCAAGCAUGCGAUUGUCAGCAGCCAUCCUGGAGAAACCAGGGAUAUAAGUGGUUACAAGGUGGCUAGUCAUCCAAAUAUAUAUGUGUUAGACACUCCGGGUGUUCUAUCUCCUAUAUUUGCUAAUGAUGAUUCUGGUCCCAGGCUGGUUUUGACAGGAGCAAUCAAGGAUUCCUUGUUAGAUGAGUAUGAGAUUGCACAAUUCCUUCUUUCAAUUUUGAACUCCAUGAAGGAAUACAGGGAGUGGGACGACCUGAAUAUAUUGGGAAAUAAAUCUUGUUUUGCUGAUGCAUUGUCCACCAGGAGUCACCAUAGUAAAAGACAGUAUUCGUCUGAUCAUACCCAGGAUUUUAUUGUUAGAGGUGUUCGCCAAGCGCUUUUUGAGACUAUAGCAACUUUUCAGGGAGAUUUAGGGAACGAGCAUGAUUUAAGAAGAUUGAUAGAAAUCCAGCUUACAUCCUUGCAGAAUGCUUUCAGGCUUUCUGCUGAAUCCAGUGAUGUUAUGAGUAAACGUGUGGCUAUCAAAUUACUCAAUCUCUAUCGCACGGGAAGGCUUGGCCAUUAUACCUUAGACCAUGUUCCAGAUGUUAGGCUGGAAGUAGCUGCAUAAUCAUCCAUGUGAAAUACAUGUCAGAGAAGGAUACAUUUUGGAUAAAGGCAUUACUUACUGUCCAUAAAA